AUGCAAGAUAAUGGUAAGACCCCUAGGAAGACUCUAAAAAACGGGUAUUGGAAAGAAACGGGCAGGGUAACCACACUUACUCAUAAGCAAUAUCAUGUUGGUGAUCUUAAAACGUUCAUCUACCACAUAGGGGUGGCACCAAAAGGAGAACGUACUAAUUGGGUUAUGAAAGAAUUCAACUUAACCGAAUACAUGAUACAAGAAAUGUGUGUGGUAGAUAACUCAUACGUGCUUUGCAAAGUGUAUGAAAAAAGUGGUCCGGGGCCAAAAAAUGGAGCAGAAUACGGGGCUCCAUAUGACAAGAGUGAAUGGGACAACAAGUUUGAUAACCAAAACACACACACCUGUCCUAGUGUGUAUGUUAACCAAGUACAAGGAAGUGAUCCUAGCAACUCGAAUUGUGGUCAGAACAUCAAUGCUAGUGAAACCAAUGCAACAAACUUUGCAGGCAUCGACCCUACUUUCAACAUCGAAGAACUGCUAGAGGGUUUCACAAACCAAGAACAAACCACUACGGCAGAUGUGCAAAUGGAGGAUGCAUUCACGAUUGAAGAACUAGUCUAG